AUGGUCGUUAAUCUAGUUCUAUUCCUGAGUUCGCAGUCCGUGAAGCUCGACGUCCUGGAGGAAUUAAUCGUGAAGAUUGGAAGCGUUCCCGGCAUCGUUCUCUUCUCCACUCUGAUGAGAACCUCUUGGUGCGCGUCUUGGGCUCCUGCAAGACGACGGCCAACUCUCUGUCGUCUGCGCCGACAAGACCGUGUCACGGAGCCCGAAUCCGAAGUAGAGCAAGGAGCUCUUGAUGCGGCAAACAAGACCAUCGUAAAUACGAGCGCCGGCAUCAAACGCCCAGGCACGUCCUUGUCUACGUGUAUCAACAUAUUCAUUUCGUUCCUUUCUCUCGCGUUGCAUCCGCAAUCAUUAAUAGUUCGUGCAUGUCCUUCAUCAGCUCUGACGGCUGCUGCUUGGCCCGCGGAAGCCAUGUCAGACAACUUCGUUGUUCUUAUCUGCAAGACCAAGGUCGAGCGCGAAGGAAGCAAUCUCAUGAUUGUCACGCAUAGCAAGAUGGUCAUUCACAUUAUGGAUCCUGCUGACCUCUUGGCCAAAGAGGGAUUCUGUGCCAAGAUCAUCAACCUCCGUAGCAUCCGUCCUCUGGAUAAUGAUACCAUUAAGGCAUCCGAGUCGGUCAAGAAAUCGAACCGGUAA